AUGUCUAUAAGCAAUACAGCAGUUAUUGGCGUAUUCAUUACCAUCUUUGGAUUAAUGAUUCUUCUCAGUGUGACCCUCUUUGCCACUAUCACUUGUUGCUGCUAUGCCUACGUCGAGGAAAAUGAUAAAAACACUCCAGGAAGAUUGAAAUUUGGACUAAUGUCUCCUUUAAGAACAGCACCUUCUAGAUUCGGCGGCAUCCAUGCCAAUCAGGUCAUUUCUGGUCCAGUAGAUCUUGAAAAUCAGCUCCAUCAAGUCAAAAGCUACAACGCUCCCAAUAAUACACGUAUUUCUCCCUUGUCUUCGCAGAUUGUCCUUAAUAGCUUUCCCAUUUCCAAUGCCAACCAGAACAAAAGUCAUUCCAAUCACAACACCAACACUUCCAAAGACAACAUUCAGCACUGUAAUACGCUGGAAUACGAAAGUGCAGUUGAAAAGUUUGACAACAUGACUGAGGGGUUGUUUGACGAUCUCAAACAGAACCCAAAUCUAAGAAGGGCUCAUCUGGAAACUAUUGCAAGACGUAUGUCGUUCAUUCAUUACAAGAGAGAUGGUUCCAACAACAUCCAAACUGUUCUUGCGCGUCCAUCCGAAAAGAAACAGAAUUAUAUUUCUGACCAAUACGACUCGUUUUCCAGAACGUUGAUGCUUCAGAGUUUGAUCCAGGACUCGGUGAACAACGACGAAAGAGCCAUUAAAGAAGUGCGCGAUCCAUUUCUGCACCAUCUUGUUUCAGUAGGAGGAAUUGUCGUCGUAGUCAAACCGUUUCAAGGCAGAGAAGAGUACGAAUUCAAGUACUUACAGCCCGGAGAUUUGUUACGGAUCGUAAAGUUUUACGUAAGACAAGACUCCGAUCAGGUUUCUGUAAAAUCCUUGAGUAUGAUGAAGAGAGAAAACGACAACAACAUCAGUCACGAAGAACUUAUCAAUUCAAAUAAGGAUUCUGUCUCGGGAGAAGUGACUCUUGAUGGAUAUAAACUACACGAUGAGGAAAUCUUUGUUGAUAAAUCUGAUCCCAACUAUGGCAAGAUUUAUUGUACGGGAAUAAUCCUCAACACUUUUUUGGAAUACAACAGUGAGACUAGUGAUUUGUCACUAAGAGUCAAAAAGAUUACUUCUCGAACUACUUCCGAUUAUGAUCUUCUUAAGGAUUUCCCCUUGAAU